GAAUGUUUACAUUACUAAAUGUUUUUUUAGUUUUUAGUAAAAUGAAUGAUUGGAAAUUCAUUGAACCAGUUCGAAAUAUCAAAGUUCCUUUAGACAUGUCCAAAUGGAAUCGAUCGAAGGCAUAUCACGAUUAUAUGAAUUUUGUGAUGUCAUUAAAUGAGGUUGUACGUAAUACCAAAAUAACAGAUUCGUGUCAUUUAUCAAGUAAUACUAAAGCUGUUGUUGGUGUUUUAGAGAGCUUGUCAUCAUGGAUUGAUGAAAUCCCACCUUUGGAACAGCCCCAAAGGUUUGGAAACAAAUCAUAUCGGGAAUGGUAUUUACGCCUUUUAGACAAUUCAGAAAAUUUAAUUUCAGCUUUAUUACCCGAGACCGUUAAAGCUGCUACAAUUGAACUUAAAGCUUACUUUAAUGAUUCAUUUGGAAACCAAACAAGAAUUGAUUAUGGGACUGGGCAUGAAGCAGCAUUCAUAUUUUUUCUUUGUGGCUUGCAUAAAAUUUUAGUUUUGACAGAUCAAGAUAAGUUAGCUACCGUAAUAAUAAUUUUUAAUAAAUAUUUAGAAGUAUGUCGCAAGUUACAAACAGUAUAUAGAAUGGAACCAGCCGGUAGUCAAGGAGUUUGGGGUUUAGAUGAUUUUCAAUUUAUGCCUUAUAUUUGGGGAAGCUCCCAAUUAAUUGGCAAUACAGAGGAAAUAAAGCCCCAAGAUAUUCCAUCGGACUCAAUGGCUGCUAGACACUCAAACAGUUAUUUAUUUUUUGGUUGUAUUCGCUAUUUAUUAACUGUUAAAUCAGGUCCAUUUGCAGAACAUUCUAAUGUUUUAUGGGGUGUAAGCUCUGUCGCGUAUUGGGAUAAAGUUAAUUCUGGACUUUUACGAAUGUAUCAAGCUGAAGUCCUAUCAAAGUUUCCUGUUGUACAGCACUUUUUUUUUGGCAGUUUGAUGUCUAUUGAAAAAGCUGAGUCAGUAAAGUAGUGAUUAAAAGCCUAAAUUUUUAAGCUUCUUAAUAUAUCUUUUCAAACCUG